ACCACCCGCAACCAUGGCCGGCCUCGGCCACCCCGCCGUCUUCGGCCGGGCCACCCACGCCGUGGUGCGGGCGCUGCCCGAGUCCCUCAGCCAGCACGCGCUGAGGCGCACCAAGGGCGAGGAGGUGGAUUUCGCCCGCGCCGAGCGGCAGCACCAGCUCUACGUGGGCGUGCUGGGCAGCAAGCUGGGGCUGCAGGUGGUGGAGCUGCCGGCCGACGAGAGCCUCCCGGACUGCGUGUUCGUGGAGGACGUGACCGUGGUGUGCGAGGAGACCGCCCUCCUUACCCGACCCGGGGCGCCCAGCCGGAGGAAGGAGGUUGACAUGAUGAAAGAAGCAUUAGAAAAACUUCAGCUCAACAUAGUAGAGAUGAAAGAUGAAAAUGCAACCUUAGAUGGUGGAGAUGUCUUAUUCACAGGCAGAGAAUUUUUUGUUGGCCUUUCCAAAAGGACAAAUCAACGAGGUGCUGAAAUCUUGGCUGAUACUUUUAAGGACUAUGCAGUCUCCACAGUCCCUGUGGCUGAUUCUUUGCAUUUGAAGAGUUUCUGCAGCAUGGCUGGGCCUAACCUGAUCGCAAUUGGGUCUAGUGAAUCUGCACAGAAGGCCCUCAAGAUCAUGCAGCAAAUGAGUGACCACCGCUAUGACAAGCUAACUGUGCCUGAUGACAUGGCUGCAAACUGCAUAUAUCUAAACAUCCCCAGCAAAGGGCAUGUCUUGCUGUACCGAACCCCAGAAGAGUAUCCAGAAAGUGCAAAGGUGUAUGAGAAACUGAAAGACCAUCUGCUAAUCCCUGUCAGCACUUCUGAACUGGAAAAGCAUCAUGAAUCAUGUUUGUUUCCUGUGAAAUUCCCCGGCCCUUGGAUUCUUCACAUUUCCUUCUUCUUUUCUUCAAAACUCUGAAAGCCUUUUUCCCAGGUACUUUCUUUUGCCUUUUCUUCCCCAGCCACCUUGACCUUGGGUAAAAUCCAAGUUCUUGCAUUCUGUAUUCCUUUCCACAAGUCACCCUGUCUGUCUGCCAUCGGUCUCUUAUGCCUCCCGGCCACAUCUUUUACCACCACCAGUCCUCCCUCCCCUGGAGGGGCAAACAAGUUCCCCAUCAGAACUGCAACCAAAAUCAGAGUGGCUGUUUUAGGGGAGAAUUAACUACACAGAGGCAGAUCCUGAUGGGGUUUGCCCCAGAGAUCUAAAUUCCAGAAGAAGUAGGGCACCACACCUAGGAAGAUAAAUUCAGCACCAGAUGGUUGCUAAGGGAGUGUAGAUCAAGAAGCUUGGAAACACCCCAUGGCUACAACAUUUUAGAAAGUCUCUAAGUCAUAUGCCAUGAAUUUUUGCCUCAUUACUACACAUAUGAGACCUUGGAAAAAGCCUUUUUUUUUUCCUUCCAUUUAUUUCUGUUUUCCCCUGUCCUGGCUCACCUUACUUCCAUCCUUCUACCCUUGAAAUCAUCAUGGUCUAGCAAAGUCAUUUCUUUCAAGAGAUACCAAGUCUAAAAGUGAUUAUGGGGGGUUAGUGCCAGCCAGAGGGAGCAGGCACCCAUGGACCAAGGAUCAUGUUCAGUAAGUGACUGACUUGGUGCCUGAAACCAACCUCACACAAUGGAUGAUUCUGCUUUCAAAUAUUGGUGAACAUUUAUUGUGGAAUUCAACUAAAAUUUCUUUCUCCUCUAGCCUUCAGAUUACACAAUUUUCAGCUGACACUUACAAAGAACAAUGCCUCAGUGAAGGGAGAGAUCAGGUUUCAGGCCAGGGAAAUGAUACUUUCAAAGGAAUGGCUACUAAUCCAUGCAUGUCACAAACUUCCUAGCCAUUUUCACCUUUUCUGUGUUGCCUGUAACUUGGUUAAGAUUUAAAAUCAGGAAGACUAAAAAAAAUCUUACUUCAGAUCUAGCUCUGAUAUCUCUGUGUUUAUGAUUAAAUAUUCCUUAUGUUGGUGAUCAACAGAAUUAUCUUCACUCAUUUCAUCUUCCCCCUCAGCAGAUGGAGGUGAGAGACCUCUGAGAAAAUCAAGCUACCCUUCCUCAUUGCCUGUCUUUUUUAUGUAUUUGAUGACUUGAUGCAAGAAAUUCCUUCCUAUUGUUUAACUUUCAAAUUCAUAUCACAAGCAGACAUCUAACUAUGUGCAUCCUGUACGAAUGAACCGUAUCUCUGUUACUGUCUUACUACGAAACUUCUCAUCACUGGUGAAUAAUAUAUUUUUACCAGAGAGAAUGAAUGCUAGCAACAUGGCCAAGUUAAUAAAGAAAAAUUGUUCUCAGCAAUUAUGGUUGCCCUUUUGGGUUAAAUCUAACCCUACACUGGCAAAAAAGCUGAAGUUCUUCCUGUGAGAGCUCACCAUCUCAAAAACAACCAAAGGAAAACAACCCAAUCCGCCAGUUGGGGCUAACCGGCAUAUAAUUUCCAAUAGCAUUCCUUCUAUCAUCCCAAAUUAGAGGAGUGUUCUCUAUUAUGUCUAGUCAGUUACAAAUGAAUGCAUUUUUUUUCUCUAUAACAAUUUGUUCUGCUGAAGGCCAUUUUUUCCUUUCCUUUGCUUCUUUUCUGCCUUUCUUUCUUUGCCUUGAGAAUCACUUAGAAUUUCUGUGCCUCUUCUACAUCUUACUCUGUGCUACUGUGUUACCUCCUGGGCUGGCUUCUUUGGACUCCCUGUGUGAUCCAAUGAUGUGAAAAUCUAAUAUACUUGCAGCAUAAUAAUAUUAUUUCUUUGAUAUUCUCAUCAGCAUAGUGUUAUCUUUGAAAAGGAAAGGUACCCAUUACAUAGGUUCCCUUCUUGUCUGUGUGACUUACAAAGAUGGAAAAACUAACAGAAACUGCUUUUGACAUUAUAAAGACAUGAGGAAUUAUAUUUAAGUAAGUAACAAGUGAGUCAGAAUUACUUGGUCAGUAUGACUCAUACUAAUAGAAGAUGCUGUAGAGCAAAUACAUUAUUUAACAUUAUUUCUUCAAUUAUGAUGGAUUACUGUGGAAAUCAGUGGGUAGAGCUCUCCAAUGUGUGUUGAUUGGUCUUUUAAACUACUAUGAACAAAUCACUAAGGCCAUCCCUUCAUCUCUAAGGGAGGAAAAUAGUCUGUAGAUGAGUAAUGUAACUUAUGUAGAGUUGCAUGUUAGUCUGUGAUGAUUUACUCUUCUAACAUUCUACAGAACUCAAACAUGAUUUCAACAUGGAGUUAGACUUGUGCAUUUUAUUUUCCUGCCCAUCAUGUUCCAGCCAGUGUAUGAUUAUCCACUCUGUGUGCCAAAACCAGUAAUGCCUUCCACGGCCUGUUAGUCCAGAGAAGUUCUGCACUGACUUUAGUCUCUUGCUGCCCAAUCCUACAUGUUAUACCAAUCACGAUGGAAUAAAGUGUGAGUUGUA